AUGAACAGAGACAACUCCUUUGCAAAGCGUCCCAAAGAGAAAAGCAAGGCCUUCAAGGAUGUUUCCAAAUACUUCUCUGAGGAAGAGUGGGAAGAGCUGGGAUACUCAGAGAAAAUCAGCUACGUGUAUAUGAAGAGAAACUAUGACACCAUGACUAAACUAGGUAACAGGAAGUUCUGGAUGAUGUCUCAGAAGUCAUCAAAGGAAGAAAAUCGUUCGGAGGGAGCGCCAGAAGCAGUACUCUUGAAGAAACCAACUGAUGCGGGACCGCGUCAGGCACAGCUGUGCUCCCCUGGAAAAGCAAGUACCUCUGGUCAGCAGAGGAAGCAGGCAAAAGGACCCAGGAAGGAGGCGAUUGAGGUCUGGACUCACCGGCUGCGUGAAAGAAAGAAUCUAGUAGUUUAUGAAGAGAUCAGUGACCCCGAGGAAGAUGACUAA